UGGAGCAUUCUUUUUUGUGAUAGGGGUUCUUAGCUAUCUCUAGCCCAUGUGACUUUAAACUCUACAUGUCUGUCAUUUCAGUUGCUCUCGGCAUCCCUGCCAUCUGGUCCAGAUGGAGUACUCUGGCAUCUAUGAGUCUACCACGGCUUUUUAUUACGAUGCUCUGAGUAUCCUGUGUGAGAGUAAGACCAUACUGUUUGCCACCAUCUCCACUACCGUCCUGUACUCUCUGGUGUUCCUCCUUAGCCUGGUGGGCAACAGCCUGGUGUUGUGGGUCCUGGUGAAGUACGAGAACCUCGAAUCCCUCACCAAUGUCUUCAUCCUCAACCUGUGCCUCUCAGACCUGAUGUUCUCCUGCUUGUUGCCUGUGUGGAUCUCAGCACACCACUGGAACUGGGUCCUGGGAGAUUUCCUCUGCAAGCUCCUCAGUAUGGUCUUCUCCAUCAGCCUCUACAGCAGCAUCUUCUUCCUCACCAUCAUGACCAUCCACCGCUACCUGUCAGUAGUGAGCCCCCUCUCCACCCUGGGUGUCCACACGCUCCGCUGCCGUGUGCUGGUGAUCACAGCUGUGUGGGCUGCCAGCAUCCUGUCUUCCAUCCCUGAUGCCAUCUUCCACGAGGUGAUCGCCUCAGAAUGUGUUUAUUCCAAAGACCAGGGACUCUUAGCCUCAGUCUACCAGCACAACAUCUUCUUCCUUCUGUCCAUGGGAAUUAUCCUGUUCUGCUACGUACAGAUUCUCAAAACCCUGUUCCGCUCCAGAUCCAAGCAGAGGCACCGAACAGUCAGGCUCAUCUUCACCAUCGUGGUGGCAUACUUCCUCAGCUGGGCCCCCUACAACCUCAUCCUGUUUCUGCAGACACUCCUAAAACUCAAGGUCAUCCAGAAAUGCGAGGUCAGCCAGCAACUGGAUGUUGCCAUGCUCAUCUGUCGAAACUUGGCUUUCUCCCACUGCUGCUUCAAUCCUGUGCUCUAUGUCUUUGUCGGGGUCAAGUUCCGUAGACACCUUAAGAGUCUCUUCCGGAAGGUCUGGCAGAGCCGGCAGCAGACAAUGAGCCCUGCCCCGUUUCCCCACAGCCCUGGUGCCUUCACCUACGAGGGGCCCUCCUUCUACUAAGGAUGGUGCGUGUGGAGGUGGCCUGGGAUGCAAGAGGGGAGCAAGGACAAGUGGACCAGGAAGAGAAUUGCAAAAGAGAUACACAGUGAAAAAGCCACCUAUCACUGCAGUGGUGGGGAAGAACAAGGUCAUGACACCUGUGGGUCCUAUAUCCCCGCCUCUUGGCAAA